AUGUCAGAAAAGAUUGAUGAAAAAGUAAGUCUUCCUGUUGAAAAAGACACUAAAGCUGUCAACGAAGAAAGUUGGUCAGAUGCUAUCUCUGAAGAAUAUGAUUUUGACGACGAAAGAAACUAUAACACCCUUUAUACUGAUGAGUAUAAUCCAAGAGGUUUAAGAUUCCCAACUAAACAAGAAUCCCAAAGUUUAAGAAGAAUUUUAGGUAGAGCUCCUUAUCAAGCAUAUUUAAUUUGUUUGGUUGAAUUAGCCGAAAGAGCUUCAUAUUAUUCAACUACUGGUUUAUUAUCAAAUUUCAUUCAAAGACCAUUACCUGAAGGUUCAACUACUGGUGCUCCACAAAGAGGUAAAGCUCAUGAAAAUGAAAGUGCUGGUGCUUUAGAUAUGGGUUUACAAGCUGCUACUGCUUUAACUUUAUUAUUGACUUUCUUAGCUUAUCUUAUUCCAUUAUAUGGUGGUUAUGUUGCUGAUACUUCAAUUGGUAGAUUGAAAGCUAUCUGGAUUGGGGUUGCUGCUGGUUUCAUUUCCCAUGUUUUAUUUAUCAUUGCAGGUAUUCCUUCAGUUAUUGCUGGUGGUCAUGCUAUUGCUCCAACUAUUUUAGCUAUUCUUAGUUUAUGUGUUGGUACCGGUUUCAUCAAACCAAAUUUAUUACCUUUAUUAAUGGAUCAAUACAGAUACGAAACUGAUGUUGUUAAAGUUUUACCAUCAGGUGAAAAAGUUAUCGUUGACAAAGAAAAAACCUUAGAAAGAAUGACUUUAGUCUUUUACUGGGCUAUUAACAUUGGUGCUUUCUUCCAAUUAGCUACUUCUUACUGUGCCAGAGAUGUUGGUUAUUGGUUAGGUUUCUUUAUUCCAAUUGUCAUGUACUUAUUCUUACCAAUUGUUUUAUUUAUCGUUGGUCCUAAAUUAUACGUUUCUGAAAUUCAAGGUUCAGUUAUGAAAAAUUUCAUCAAAAUCUUAAGAGUUUCAUUCGAAGGUGGUUGGAUUUCAAGAUACAGAGCUGGUGAAUUUUGGGAAUGGGCUAAACCAACCAAUAUGGCUGCUAGAGGUAGAGAUUUCUUUACUAAAUCAAAACCAAUUUCUUGGAAUGAUCAAUGGGUUUUAGAUGUCGCUCAAACUGUUAAUGCUUGUAAGAUUUUCUUCUAUUUCCCAAUUUAUUUAAUGAAUGAUGGAGGUAUUGGAACUGUUCAAACUUCUCAAGCUGGUUCAAUGUCAUUAAAUGGUGUUCCAAAUGAUUUAUUCAACAAUUUCAAUCCUUUAGCUAUUAUCAUCUUCAUCCCAAUCUUGGAUUACAUUAUUUAUCCAUUCUUAAGAAAAAACAAGAUUGAAUUCAGACCUGUUUGGAGAAUUACUUUAGGUUUCGUUAUUGCUGCUGUUUCUCAAGCUGUUGGUGCCAUUAUUCAACAUUUCAUUUAUCAAAAAUCUCCAUGUGGUGACCAAGCUUCAACUUGUGACGAUGUUGCUCCUAUCUCUGCUUGGGUCGAAGUUAUCUUAUAUAUCAUGCAAGCUAUUUCCGAAUGUUUUGCUAACACCACUUCAUACGAAUUAGCUUAUACCAGAGCUCCACCUCACUUGAAAUCCUUAGUUAUGGCUAUCUGUUUAUUCAUGAGUGCCCUUUCAGCUGCCCUUUCACAAGCUGUUACUCCAGCUUUAGUCGAUCCAAACAUUACUUGGGCUUUCGUUGCUAUGGCUGUUAUUGGUAUGAUCUUUGCUGUUGCUUUCUUCUUCCACUUCAGAAACUUACACGUUGAAAUGGAACAAGAAAGAAUUGAAAGAGAAGCUGCUGAUAGAAGAUUACAAGCUGAAUUGAUCGCUCAUGGUGGUAUUGAAGAUGACAGAAACUUACAAGCUGUUACUUCAAUCAAAUCAGCUGUUGGUAAAUAA